AUGCAAUACAGAAAUCUAGGUGUCAUGGCCUUGGCUGGUAACGCCAUCGCUGCUUACGUUCCUUCCGAACCAUGGUCCACCCUGACCCCAUCCGCCACCUUGUCGGGCGCCACCACCGAAUACACCGGCUCCUUCGGUAUCGCCGUCAACCCAUUGACCACCCUUUCCGGUUCCGCUGCUCCUUCCGUCACCGCCUCUGCUGCAGGCAAGAACGUCAGAAAGGCCGAAGCUACCCAGAUCGGCGACGGUCAGGUGCAGGCUACCACCGGCACCGUUGUGACCACCACCAUCGCAGCUGCCACCCAAAUCGGCGACGGCCAGGUCCAAGCCACCACCGCUACCGCUCAGCCAGUCUCCCAGAUCGGUGACGGUCAAGUCCAAGCCACUACCAAGACCAUUGUCGCUAACGUCAUCACCCAGAUCGGUGACGGCCAAGUCCAAGCUACCACUGCUACCGCCACCAAGCAAUUGAUCACCAACGUCAUCACCCAAAUCGGUGACGGCCAAAUCCAAGCCACCACUACCACCAAGUCUGGCGCUCCAACCAACACUGCCGUUGCUGUCACCCAGAUCGGUGACGGUCAAGUCCAGGCUACCACCAAGACUGCCGCACCAACCAACACCGCCGUCGCUGUCACUCAAAUUGGUGACGGUCAAGUCCAGGCUACCACCUCCACCGCUGCUGCCACCGCUCAGCCGGUGACCCAAAUCGGUGACGGCCAAGUCCAGGCUACCACCUCCACCGCCGCUGCCGCCACCGCUCAACCAGUCACCCAAAUCGGCGACGGUCAAGUCCAAGCCACCACUGCCACCACCUCCACCAAGGCAACUGCCCAAGCUGCCACCCAAAUCGGUGACGGUCAAGUCCAAGCUACCACCGCUACCACCCCAACCACCACCGCCAAGACCACCACCUCUGCUGCCACCCAAAUUGGCGACGGCCAAGUCCAGAAGGGUGCUUCCACCGCAAAAUCUGCCCCAGCCCCAGCCCCAACCGACGACGGCAUCCACUACGAAGCUUGUGCCACCAACGGUACCUUGACCAUGCAAUUGCACAACGGUAUCUUGACCGACUCCAAGGGUAGAAUUGGUUCUAUCGUCGCCAACCAGCAAUUCCAAUUCGACGGCCCUCCACCACAAGCCGGUGCUCUGUACGCUGCCGGCUGGUCCAUCUCCGACGAAGGUAAGUUGGCCAUCGGUAACACCACCACCUUCUACCAAUGUCUUUCCGGCAACUUCUACAACUUGUACGCCAAGGACAUCGGUAGCGUCUGUACUCCAGUCGAGUUGGACAUUGUCGAAUUGGUCAACUGUUAA